AUGACAAGAGCAGUCAGGAAAGCAUCAGAAAUAAUUCAGAAAAUAAGCAAAACUUUGGAAAUGAGGAAAAGAAGGCAAAUGUCAUUUGAAGGAUUUAUAAGGUACAUGAGCUCAGAAGACUGUUCGAUAUUUAAAAACAAUCACAGGACCGUCUACCAAGAUAUGAACCAUCCAUUAUGUGACUAUUUUAUUUCAUCUUCUCACAACACCUACUUGAUAUCUGACCAACUAAUAGGACCCAGUCAUUUAUGGGGAUAUACCAGUGCUCUCUUGAAAGGAUGUCGUUGCCUGGAAAUUGACUGCUGGGAUGGCUCAAACAAUGAACCUGUUGUGUAUCACGGUCACACUUUAACAAGCAAAAUUCCAUUUCAUUCUGUAAUUCAAGUGAUAGACAAGUAUGCAUUUGUGGCAUCUGACUAUCCAAUUGUACUGUCUUUGGAGAACCACUGCAGCCCUAAGCAACAGGAAGUAAUGGCAGACUAUUUAGAAAGUAUUCUAGGUGACAAACUUCUUACUUCAACAACUGGUGAUACAGUGGUUACUCAGCUACCUUCUCCUGAGGCACUAAAAUUCAAAAUUCUGGUAAAAAAUAAAAAAGUUGGAACAAUUGAGGAAAGCAUGCUCAGGAGAAAUCUUGACAGUCAUGGUGAGACAGGGGAAAUUUCUGAAUUUGAAAUUAUAUCCGACGAAGAUGAGACUGAUGAAAAAUUGUAUUAUUCAGGAGUUGUAUUAUUCAGGAGUUGUAUGACAGUGAAGACAAAAAUUGCCAUUACAUUGUCGGACCUUGUGAUUUAUACCAAAUCUGAGAAGUUUGUGAGCUUUGAGCAUUCCCUAGCUAAUCAGAAAUGCUAUGAAAAUAAUUCAAUUGGAGAGGUUCGAGCACGAAAAUUCGUAAAACAUUCAGCUAAAGAGUUUGUUUCACAUACUUCAAGAUUCAUUACAAGAAUCUACCCCAAAGGAACAAGAACGAACUCUUCGAAUUAUAAUCCUCAAGAGUUCUGGAAUGUGGGUUGUCAAAUGGUGGCCUUAAACUUCCAGACACCAGGAGUACAAAUGGAAUUGCAAAAUGGAAAAUUCCUAGACAAUGGUGGUUGUGGCUAUAUUCUGAAACCAGAAUUCUUGAGAAAUCGCAAUUCAACGUUUACCCCACACAAUGUGGGAAGAUACAGUAAACCAAUGUCUCUCUCAAUAAGGCUCAUCAGUGGUCAUCAGUUACCACCCAGUAACCUGUCGAAGACUAACAAAGCUGACCCUUUAGUGCAGAUAGAAAUUUACGGUGUGCCAGAAGAUCAAGUGAAAAAAAAAUCUAGUGUUAUAAAGAGCAAUGCUUUGAGCCCUAGAUGGGAUGAAACUUUCUCUUUUACUGUCCAAGUUCCAGAACUGGCAUUGAUACGCUUCUGUGUGGAGGAUGAGAUAUCUCUGGUUGCAAAUGAAUUCCUUGGUCAAUACACUUUACCACUGCUGAGCCUGAGUAAAGGUUACCGUAACGUUCCCCUGUUGUCCAAAGAUGGUGGCAAUCUCGAACCUGCAUCACUGUUUGUUCAUAUCUGGUACUAUUAAUGAUGCUCUGCAGUAGCAGUUGUUCUGGAGGAUCACACCCUGCUCAAUAAAGCAACGUCACUAGGCUUGCAACAACCCAGUGGUCUGUUUUCCAGAGCGGCUUGUUCUCAAUGAUUUUGUUAAGCUAAUGGGACUUCUUGUGUGAGUAAAUGGUAUCCUG